AAUGAAGCACAGACACACCAGAGACACAUAGAGCUGCAGUUAGAACAGUGUUACACAUUGCACAAUCAGCUGGUAACCGUAGAGACAACUAUGGGACCCCGAGGACUGCAGUGACCCAACUCUGCAGAUGCAUCACUCUGGAUGCUGAAUUGAAGAAAAACACAGUGAGGUGUGGCAAGAAACACCAGAGGACUGAAGACUGGACUGGAGAGACGGGCACAGGAGUGAGCUGCAGCCACGCUGACCAGAAACAUGUCCUUUUUUGAUUUUUGGAGGAGCCAGAAGGAGAGAGGGGCGCUAUUGAAGAGAACCAGUCGGCUGAAACUUCGCCCAUCACAGCAGCAGCGGUUGCUAGGCGACAGUAGCGUUCGGGCGGAGCUGCAGAAUGGCAGGAUGGUGUCUCUGCUGCCCCCUGUUGGAACAGAGGUCUUCAGGCGCUUCACACCAGCCUCACUGCAGGAGAUCCAACAGCAUGAAGCCAAGAAGGAGCAAACUAGGACCAAAGAGGUAGCAGAGAAAGACCCGCGCAAACCAGCAAUUCUCCUGGAGGCUGGAAAGCCCCUCCCAUUCAUCUUUGGGGAUACACCCCCCCAGCUUCUCAACACCCCAUUGGAGGAGCUGGAUCCCUUCUACCAAUCACAGCAGACCUUCAUCGUGCUCAGUAAAGGAAACAUCAUCCACAGGUUUAAUGCAGAGUCGACCUUUUUCAGUGCGGUGAGAACCGUCACAAUCAAGAUCCUCACUCACUUUUUGUUCAGGUUGUUCAUCAUGCUAACGCUUCUGAUCAACUGUUUUUUAAUGACGAUGCGUUAUCCUCCACCAUGGAGCGCGACUGCAGAAUAUACGUUUAUGUCCAUCUACACGUUUGAGAUCAUCAUAAAGGUCUUGUCCAGAGGCUUCUGCAUGAGACGCUUCACUUUCCUCAGAGAUCCCUGGAACUGGCUGGACGUCGUGGUCGUCAGCACAGCAUUUCUCAUGAUGUUUGAGCAUAUGGGGAAAGUUUCUGUUCUUAGCACGAUGUGCAGGGGGCUGAAGCUCAUCUCGGUCUGCCCAGGUAUGAAGAUGACUGCCAGAGCUCUUGUCCAAUCAGUGAAGAGGUUUAUUCAUGUCACCGUCCUGAUGGUGUUCGGCCUCAGUGUCUUGGCUCUGAUUGGUCUGGUGUUGUUCAUGGCAACCCUGAACCAAAAAUGUGUCCUGAUUCCACAGCCAUCGCCUAGCAAUCUGACUAACAUCAGCCAUGCCAUCAGUUACCAAGACAACAACACAGGAAGCAGUGACUUUGAUUUUGAGGAGUACAUCAGCAAAUCUGAGAACUACUACUUCCUGCCUGAUAAACAGGAUCCUCUGCUGUGUGGAAACAGCUCUACUGCAGGGGUAUGUCCAAAGGGUUACCACUGUCGUAGAAUAGGCAAAAACCCCAACUAUGGAUUCACCAACUUCGACUCAUUUGGUUGGUCCUUGCUGGCUCAGUUCAGACUGAUGACCAAGGACUAUUGGGAAAACCUGCUCCAGCUGGUGUUACGAGGGGAAGGUAAAUCCUUUGUGAUCGUCUUCAUGCUCAUCAUCUUCCCCAGCUGCUUCUGCCUGGUCAGCCUCAUUCUGGCGGCGGUUGCCUUGACAUCUCUGGAGCAAGACAAAGCUGCCGUCACUGAGGCCAGACAGAAAGAAGAAGAGUUUAUUCAGAUUCAGGGGGUGAUAAAGAGCAGAGAGGAGGAGGAGACAUCCUGCAGGGCAGAGCUCUCAGAGAAAGUCUCAACACCACCGAAGAAGAAAUCAAAAAGCCACAAGCAAGAAGGCACUGCCAUGGAAGAGCUUGAAGAGGACCAGAGGUCGUGUUCUCUGUGUUGGUACCGCUUCGCCAACCUCUUCCUGAAGUGGAAUUGUUGUGGCUGCUGGCGGUGGCUCAAACAACGGCUCUACACCUUUGUCACACACCCGUUCUUUGACCUCGGGAUCAUCAUCUGCAUCAUUCUCAACACCAUCUUCAUGGCCAUGGUGCAUUAUCCAAUGACAUAUGAGCUUUAUUAUAAGGUGGACAUUGCUGUGCUGGUCUUCACGCUGAUCUUCACAGUUGAGAUGCUCCUCAAAAUUAUGGCCCUGGACCCUUAUGGCUACUUCAAGGUGGGCUGGAACAUCUAUGAAUGCAUCAUCAUCUGCGGCAGCCUCAUUAACCUUCUACUGGCAAACUUGGAGGGCCUUUCUGUGAUGGAGCUGUUUGAACUGAUGCGAGUGCUGAGGCUGGCUCGGUGGUGGCCAACCUUCAACAUGCUGUUGAAGAUCACCUACAGCUCUUUGAAAGCUCUGGGGAAUCUGACUUUCAUUCUGUUCAUCAUGGUCUUCGUCUUCUCUUUGGUCGGCAUGCAGCUAUUCCAGGAUGACAACAUUGUUGAGAACCACAACAUCACGGUCAACAGCCCUCGCUGGCACAUGCAGGACUUCUUUCACACCUUCCUUCUCAUCUUCAGGAUCCUGUGUGGAGAGUGGAUUGAGACCCUGUGGGACUGCAUGGAAGUCUCAGGUCCGAUCUCAUGUCUGAUCUUCUACUUAAUGGUCUUGGUCAUCGGAAACCUUCUGGUCCUGACCUUGUUCCUGGCCUUGCUGCUGAGCUCAUUCAGCAGUGAAUAUCUGGUGGCUCCUGAAGAAAAGACCAGUGUGCAGAUCACCAUGAACCAGAUCGGCAGGGCUGUGGGCAGGACUAGGACCUGGAUCCUGGAAUAUAUCUGCCCUUCGCAGGGAAAGAAGGGCCGAAGAACGAGAGACCAGAAAGUGGUGGACAGUACAAAAGACAAGAAGAAGGAGUACCUGGCCCUGAGCGCUGUGACCUGUGACGAGCCACUGUCAGAGGUCAAGACUGAUGUCGCCUCCCAUAGCGUCCCCACUGCUGAGCCAGAGGUUGAAUUUAAGAUGCCUGAAAAUGGAAAAGAGGAAGAGAAGAAGCAACAAGUUCAACAGGUUCAAGAUAGCGAUGAUGAAAAUCACAAAGGAAACUCACCUGAAGACUGCUGCUGUGACAGUUGUUAUUGCUGCUGUCCGUUCCUGGACAUAGACACGUCCCAGGGUUCAGGGAGGGUCUGGUUUAACUUCAGGAGAGCCUGUUUGUCCAUCGUACAGCACAAUUGCUUUGAGGCCUUCAUCAUCUUCAUCAUCCUGCUGAGCUGUGUAGCUCUGGUGUUCGAGGACAUCCACCUGAGGCAGGGCCACGCCGUACGGAGGGGUCUGGACAUAGCAGACCUGCUGUUCAACUUCCUGUUCCUGCUGGAGAUGGUCCUCAAGUGGAUCGGCUCCGGGUUCAAGAAAUACUACAGCUGCCCCUGGUGCAGGCUCGACUUCCUCAUCCUGGCUGUGUCUCUGAUGUCUCUGAUGGCUGAAACUUUGGGAUAUUCUGGACUGGUAGCAGGCCUGGCUCUGAGGACUGUGAGAGCUCUGAGGCCCCUGAGAAUCCUGUCUCGCUUCCAGGGCCUGAGGGUGGUGAUGAGGGCCAUGGCAGUGAUCCUCCCAUCCAUGUGCAAUGUGCUGCUGGUGACUGCGGUCGUCUGGCUGAUUUUCAGCAUUUGGGGAGUGAAUUUGUUUGGAGGAAAGUUUUACCACUGUUUAAAUGAGACAACACAGAAGACAUUUUACCCUGAGGAAGUGAACAACAUAUCAGACUGUUUGGCUUUGUCAAGCAAAAACCCCACAGAGGUCCUCUGGAAGAACAAGGAGGUGAACUUUGACAGCGUGGCACAGGGUUACCUGUCGCUGCUGCAAGUGGCGACGCUUAAAGGCUGGAUAGACAUCAUGUACUCUGCUGUGGACUCCAGAAGGGUGGAAGAGCAGCCGUUUUUUGAGGACAACCUGUACAUGUACCUCUACUUCAUCUUUUUCAUCAUCUUUGGCUGCUUCUUCACCAUCAACCUCUUCAUCAGAGUCUUCAUCGACACACUGAACCUGCACAGAUACAAGUUUGGAGGGAAACAUGUUUUCAUGACAGCGGAGCAGCAGCAGUGUUCCCAGACCAUGAAGAAACGGCUGACCGAGGCACCUGUGAAACCUCUUCCACGACCUCAGAGCGAGUGCCUGGCUCGGCUCUUUGACCUGGUGACCCACCUGUUUUUUGAAGUCUUCAUGGUGGUGGUGAUCUGCCUGAACGUGGUGGUUCUGAUGACUGAGACAUACCACCAGAGCUUGGAGAAAGACAUGAUCAUAUACUGGCUCCUCUUCAUCUUCAUCAUUAUUUUUUUCAUUGAGUUUCUUUUGAAGAUCAUCGCACUUAGACGACACUACUUCACCAUCAGUUGGAACAUCGUUGACUUUGUGGUGCUUGUCAUGUCCAUCCUAGAUGUUUUCUUACCUUACCUUUCUUAUGACCAUGUGAUGUCGCUCAUUCCCAUGCUUCGAUUGGCUCGUAUCUUUCGAAUCCUCCAUCUGUGUCGCUGCGGCCAGAGGAUCCAGAAGCUGCUUUUGGCCUUGCUGAUGUCACUUCCUGCCCUCGUCAACAUCUGCCUCCUGCUCUUCCUCCUCAUGUUCACCUUUUCCAUCUUCGGCAUGAUUAACUUUGCCCACGUGAUGAAGGGUGGCAUGAUUGACGACAUGUUAAACUUCGAGACGUUUGGGAACAGCAUGAUCUGUAUGUUUGUGGUCACCACUACAGCUGGAUGGGACGGUUUCCUUGUUCCCUUCAUGAACAAUCCUCCCAAGUGCAACCCAGACAUCCAGAUCCCAGGAUCAGCCAUCAGCGGGAACUGUGGUAACAGAGCGGUGGCCAUCGUCUUCUUCACCUCCUACAUCCUCCUGUCCCUCCUGCUCACGCUCCUCCUAUACAUCGCCGUCAUCCUAGAGACCUUCAGUAGUGACGACACUGAGCAGCUGAGUGAUGACGACCUGCAGAUGUUUUAUAAAACCUGGGUGAAGUUUGACCCCAAUGGCUCGCAGCUUAUCGAGUACAGUCAGCUGUCAGAUUUCUGUGACAGUCUGCAGGAUCCUCUGAGGGUUCCCAAGCCAAACACCAUAAAACUGAUUCACAUGGAUCUGCCUCUGCUUCCUGGAGACAAGAUUCACUGUUUGGACAUCCUGCUCGCACUCACCUUGCAGGUGUUUGGUGAUUCAGGAGAGAGGGACACUCUCAAAGCCAGAAUGGAGGAGAAGUUCAUGGCCGACAACUCGUCCAAGGUGUCUUGUGAGCCAAUCAGCAGCACCCUGCGGAGGAAACAGGAAGAGGUGGCGGCGACAGUGAUCCAGAGAGCCUACAGGAAACACCUCGCACAAGAGGAGGCGGUGGCGGAAACUCCAGCUGGUGCUUCAACUGUUUAAGGCACCUCCCACCUGGGUGGAGCUUCAGAGCAAGUUUCACACUUUGUUGUUCUAUGCUGGCCUCACACUAGAAGAUAUUCGGGCAGAUUUUGGGUCCCAGUCGCCCUUCCCAACGAUACUGUGGGGGGUGUUCCUGACUGGAGGGUGGUUGGAACCAUCACCUGCCCUAAUGAUCCUGUAGUAUGAGGGGUUUACAGGCACAAUCCUUACACUCCCGAAUGGCUCAGUCUCCCCAAUUUCAAAUCAUAAACAUCAAACAUGUUUGAUAUGUACAACUUUAAAUUCUGUCAUGUGAAAGCAACAGAGAUGAAAUGUUGAGCAGAAACCCACAACAGCCAAUGAGAACGAGCCGACCAGGAAGCAUCACCAACCACAGCAGUUUGAGACGUCUUCUCAGUGCUGACUUCACAAACACUGUUUUCUCCUCUUCUUUUCAGUACACAGGAUCACACACACCCACACACACACACACACACUACUAGCUCCAUGUUUGUUUUGCUCUGAAGUCCUAUUUGAUCUCAUGAGUUUCUGUGAGAUCCCGACUCCCUGGAAUCCCCGAAACCAGCAUGUAUAUUCAGAAGAGCUCAUAACGAGCUAAUAUACAAUUGUCAAGUAUCUUAAAUACUCUUCUCUCACAAUAUUACAACUGGUCUCAUACUAUUACAGCUUGAUUCUCCAACUCUAGGACGACCAGUUGUCCCUAAUAUUCUGCCACUGAAGUUUAAAGACACAAAUGUUUUCUCACUAAUAUUAUCCUUAAUGUUCUUAUAUGAUAUUUCAUUAUUAGUGUACACAUUUAUGUCAGUCAGCUAACCUGUGUUUGAUAUAUCCACUAACAAAACUGACUUUCAGAGAUCUCCACUGGUCAGUUGUUAUUAACCAGCUUCUUCUGACCCUUUGAACAGUUUAUGGUCAUUUGUGUGUGUUUCCUCUUUAAAAAGACAGUUUUACUGUUUACAAACAGUCCAUGACGUGCAGCAGAAGAUGGACUGUCACAGUUUUAUGAGUGAGCGUCAGUGUGGGCAUUUUUGUGACUUAGACAUAAAGCAACUCGAUAAAACCAGUAACUUUAUAGUGGUGUGUUAAUUAUGUUAAAAUUGCUUUCCAGCUUGUCCAUAGCACAUCUGUCAGCUCAGUAUAGUUAACAUGACACAUUAACCAACACAGGUUAAAAGAACAAAAGCCCCCAGAGCAGGAGGAAUAAAUAACAACAGCAUCAUGAGUCUCCUACUGUUGAAAUAUAUUCAAACAUGAACCUGAGAGUGUAAACACAAACAGGCUGCACCUGUCGAAAUAUUUUAGCUGUGAUCUGAAAUGUCACAGAAUGUUACAUUAUUGAUUGGAUUGCAGCUUUUAAUCGUGUGCU